UGCAUGAUAACAAUGCGAGUGUUUUAAUGUAAAAUCAAUCAGAAUUAAAUUAGCAUGCAUAUUAUAUCCACGCUUAUUUUUUUGUAGGGAGCGAUGCAAACGGGAACAUUCGCAGUGCAAUUGCGAAAUCCCAGUCAACUACAUCAACAUCAGAUUCCCAAUGUAUUAAGCCAAGGGAACAUGACGUGGCAUUCGGGUUACUCCCCAUAUGGUUAUGACCUGGUGACACUCAGUAACAGAGUAAAAAAGUGUUAUGGUUGCGGGCAAGAUUUUGCCGAGUGCUAUCGACGCGAACCAAAGAACAUCGUCGUCAGGCAUUUCGAUAAGCGAGUGAAGGGGAAAGAUGCACAAGGAAACUUGCAAUACACCAAUGAUUUCCAAGCUGCUUACUAUCACUUAAAUCCCUCGCAUAUAGUAAAGAAGAACCCAGUGUUCAAUGGAAGAGUGUCGGUGGCUACAGAGUUGUGGGAGAGCUUAUCAAGCGCCACCCAAGCAUUUAUCCAAUCGUCCGGAUUACAUGUGCAGUACAUGUGAUGUAAAUUAUCUAUGCAUGACUGUCCUUUCAAAAGUUACUGUACUAUACACACAUACAUUGAUAUAUAUAUUCAUUUAUGGGGUUAAAAAUUUAAAUAUGAGUUGCGUUACGUUGGUUUAACGACUUUUAUAGGGCCUGUUUCUAUGAUUUUAGCUUGGUGGAGCGAGAAGAUUUCCUCGGAAAUAAAAUACUCCCAACCUGCUCGGAUAGUAGUUUAUUUAUAAUAAUAUGGGGAUUUUAUUGCCUAUUGACUAUGUGAUAGUACGAAGCGGAAUACAAAAGCGGCUGUCCUGCUCUGCCUAGCCAAAUUCAUGUUCCCUAUACAGCCUUUGAUGUCACAAUAUUAUAAAGUAUAGUUGAUUUAUUGGGAAUUUAAGGUACUAUUUUGUAAGUUUUGGCCAGUUAUUAAAAAAAUC